AUGUCAGGUUUUGAUUUGUCAUACAGGUGGAUGUAUAUAGUUGAAGAGAGUACAGGAAUAUUGAAGUCUAGAUUUGAUCUAUCUGAUAGACAAACGAUCACUAAAUUCACAUCCACAACUGUGUAUUGCAUGGAUAUAGACACUGAAGAGAACAGACUGUACUGGAUUAAUACUGAUGGCGAAAUAAAAUCAUGUAAAGACGAUGGAUCUGAUGUUAAAACAAUACUUUCAACAAAUGUUAGAAGAACCUACUAUGCUUUACAUGUCGUUGGUAGUUACAUAUAUUAUGCCACUGCCAAUCAGUUGUUAAUGUUAUCUAAACUGUCAGGAUCCACGCCAACUGUUCUGUAUAACGAUAGUAGUUAUAUUCACAGUAUAUUUGCGUUUAAUCAAUCAGGUAUGUUAAUAAACAUGAUAAACAUCUAAAGUCAGAAAUAAUGAUAGUAUACGUCCCAAAUUUGAUCCAUUUCUAUAUUGUAUUAAAUCGUGAUGCAAAAUAGUUUAGACAUAUUUAAAUGAUAGCUUUUGCUAAAUCUUAUAUCAUGAACUAUCCGACAUUUACGGAUGAAUACAAACAAUGUAAUUGGAAGUAAUGUGAUAGACACCGACAUCGUAUUGAUAUGAAAAAAAUGACAUUUUUUUUUGCAAUAACUGAAACAUGGUAGUAAAAAAAAUCAGUGUUGAUAUUAAUUUCACAUUCUGAUUGAAUUUCAAUAAUACGA